AUGGAAUCUGAUUGUAAUGUUCACACCAGCAGCAUGUACACACAGGGUCACCGUGUGGUCUCUUCUUGGGUCAGGGCUGAGAUGUGUAGGUGCUGCAGCGGGAACGGUGAUCCUGUGUUUGGGCCCAGAGAACAAGUUGCCAGUAUAGGACUAUUGAGAGCAGAGGAGCAGAGAGGGCGCAAAAAGAGAAGAUCAUACAAGACAUGGCUUAUUCCUGAUAUAGUUGAAGAAAACAUUUCCAAUGAUGACAGUGGUGACAAUAUCAGCAAAUCUAACAGGAACUCCCCUGAUGCUCAUGGAAACGUUUCUACUGAUGAUGAGAAUGAGGUCAUCAGCGAUGCUGAUGGGAACUUUUCAGAUGCUGAUGAAAGCUUUUCUGCUGAUGAUGAGGAUGAUGUUUUUAGCACAGCUUAUGAGAACUUUCCACAGACUCAUAUUGUCAGAAACCACAGUGCAGUUUGUGAGGGAAGCACAGAAGAAAGAGAGGAGUGGUGUGCCAGUGAGGAAAAGAUAUAUCCAAAUGCCAAAAUCACUAAUGAAGAAUCUCUCCUGUCUAUACUUGCCUACAGCCUCAGGCAUACAACAUCCAAAGUGGCUUUGAGUGACUUGUUAGAUCUUAUCAAUCUCCACUGUCCUGAUUCAACCAAUGGCGUUCCAGAUAGCUUAUACAAGUUCAUGAAAUCCUUUCACUGUGACACUUUUGAAGUCCAGUAUAUUUGCCCAUCCUGCCAAUAUUUCUUUGGUAAUGAAAUCCCCACCCACUGUGCUUCAUGCAAUGGUGCCCCAGGGGACAUGGAAAACCUAAUCAAAUCUGGCUCUGUCUUUAUCAAGUUAUCUAUUGCAGAUCAAUUAAGAGGUAAAUUUCAGAAUACAGAUUUUUGUCAGUCUUUGAAUUACAAAUGGUCAAGGACAAAGCGCAACUCACAAAACGUUGAAGACAUAUUUGAUGGCACUAUGUACAAAUCUAUUGAUGCACUAAAUGACCCAAAUUUGGCGAAUAUUUCAGUGUCAUGGAAUGUUGAUGGUGUUCCAAUUUUCAAAUCUUCUCCUUUUCAUAUCUGGCCACUUCAAGUUACAAUCAACGAGCUCCCCUAA